CACCCCAACCUUCCACUCCCUCAAGCCGACUGACUAUAAACCCAGGUAUCAUCAACUAAACCUAAUCCUCUCACCGAGCCUGCGUAACGCGCUCUAACAUCUAGUCUGGAGAUGAUGCACUACCAUCGGGGGUUCGUGCUCAUCUCUUCUUGUCUUUCAACCGUCACGUUCGCGGCUAACACUAAUUUGUUCUCGAAUCUGUGGCAUGGAACGAUCCACAAUCGCACAGUACCACUUAUCAUCCUGGUGUUCUUUGUUUCCUUUCUUCCCUUGAGCGAAGAAUCUGGAGGUCUUCCAAGGAUUGAGUUCGGCGCUAAUCCGCAUUGAGCACGCUUGAUAAUCGCAGGUCAUGGAGGUUGAGUUUCGCGCUAGGCGGAAUUAAGGCAUAAACGCUAUACAGUUUUUGCAU